AAUUUGUACUGAAAAUUGAAGCAAGGCAAAUUGAAGGAGAAAGGAAAAUGGUGUUUGGUGCAUGGCUGAUCUUAUAGAACAUAAGGAAAUCGGCGGAGGUCGCCUUGUUGUGGUGGGUAAUGAAGAGAUUGUACAAGUUCUCGUUGAAGGAGUUGUUGCAAUUCACUCUGCUUCCUGGCUCUCUCGCGGCACAUCAACGUCGAUAAUCUGAACAGCGAGCUGAUGGAAAAUAAACUCCAAACAUUCAGUAUGAUGAUGCAGGAGAUGCCAAAUGGGGUUUAAGGCUUGGUGGCAGCCAAGGUGUUUCCAAUGGCAAUGACAAAUCGGUAUCUAACAUCACCCUUUGCAAGUCGAUCCAGUGCAGUGUUCACAUAAUCCAUAGAGAUAACCUCAAUAUCUGCUGUAAUGUUGUGUUUUGCUGCAAAAUCUACCAUUUCCUGCAUCUCUUUCAUCCCUCCACCACCGCUUCCUGCCACUUGCUUCCUUCCUAUUUUUUCAGGUAGCUCAAGUGGCUUCUCAGGUCCACCCACCAUAACAAGUUUCCCAUGAGGCUUCAAUAGGUCAAUCAGUGGCAAAAUGGGAUGAGCAGCUGAGACCGUAUCUAUGAUUCCAUCCAUUGUUCCCUUGACAGCCUGCUCAAAUCCAAUUAAUAAACAAAGUCACUACGCAGGUUUGGUCUUACCGACUGUUUUUGCCAACUAAUUCUGAUUUAAAACAUCUAAAUUGCUCUAUGAUUUUGUGUGAUAAUGUGAAUUACCUCCAUUUGGUCCUGGUCACGGCUGACCAAAAAUGAAUCAGCACCAAGAUUCUCCAGUGCUUCAUCCUUCUUUUUGGGAGAGGUGCUGAUCACAGUCACUCUGGAUCCAAAAGCCUUGGCAAAUUUAACCGCAAGAUGUCCUAGACCUCCAAGUCCAACAAUACCUACAUGCUUGUUAGGUUCCCCAAGACCAAAAUAUUUCAAUGGACUGUAAACUGUGAUUCCAGCACAUAGCAAUGGACCAACAGCAUCAAGAGGAAUUCCAUCAGGAAAACGAACAACAUAAUGUUCAUGGACAACCAUGGAAUCGGAGUAGCCUCCAUAUAUCCUUGUUCCAUCAUGGGAUGUAAGCCAAGAAGAGUUAGAGAUCAAGAGCAAUCACCUUCUGGAGAAGUUGAAAGGAGAGAGGUGACCUGAUGGGUCUCUAGCGGCCCAGCCAAAGGCCUUAACAGGGUGCUCUUCUUCAGGUGAUUUGGCCAUUUUGUAUGAAAGCUUCUGAAUGAAUUAGACUUCUUUGUGCCUUGUGCAUGGGUGCUUGCGGUGAAUUAUAUAAGGGCUGCCUUCUCAUCACAGCUGACGUACCAGGUGAGCUAAUGUUCAGUGGAUAUUUUGUGCUAAAUAAUUUUAAGUACGGAUGCGGUCUACUUUAUUUCCUUCACAUUUCAUUUAUCUAUGAAUUGUUUGUUUAUUAGUCAUGGAUGCAAGGAAUCAAUCCUAGAUUAUCUCCAUUUUAUUAAAAAAAAAAAGAAGGGAACUUGGUUAUAGGUGUUGAGUGCUGUUGCUGAGGUACUAGGUGAGCUAAUGUUUGGCAUGAAACUCUGAAAAGAUUAGUUUAAUACUAGUUAUUAUUGGACAAAAUGAAAUUCCUAGUUAAUU